AUGUGGAAGAAGAAGCUCUAUCAUUCUACACAAAUCUCAACAAUCCAUGCUCGCACGAUAACUUCAGCGGAUUUCAGUCCACCGAAUUUAAUUUCCUGCUGUUGUAAUCCUUCGACCUUCAAUUUCUCCUCUUCGUCGUCUUGUUUACUUGGCAGGCCCAGAGGAAGAACAUUUUAUUCAGCGAGAAAUUUCAUUUUCCCAGCUUCGAGUAGAACACUUACUAGAGAUUAUGCAAAUUCGUAUCUGAAAAUUGAGAGCUUUUUCUGCUCGCAAUCAAACUCUGGCCUGAAAUCGCACUGCUGGAAUUGUGGUUCUGAGCCUGACAACGCAACGCCGUUCCUCUUCUGCCAGGCAUGUCGCAGUGUCCAGCCGGUUGAUGAAACAAUUGAUUAUUUCCAAAUUUUUGGACAGGGAAGGGAAUAUAAACUUGAGGUGGAUAAAUUGGAAAAGAAGUACAAAGACUGGCAAAAGAAGCUGCAUCCCGAUCUAGUUCACUCAAAAUCUCAGAGAGAAAAAGAGUACGCUGCUGAACAAUCUGCUCGAGUUAUAGAUGCAUAUCGCACACUCACUGAUCCAUUGUCGAGGGCAAUAUAUAUUUUGAAAUUAGAAGGUGUGCUUGUUGAUGAAGAAGAAAGGAUUACAGAUCCUGAGCUACUUGCUGAGAUCAUGGAAUUAAGAGAGGCUGUUGAUGAGGCUGAUGACAGUCGGGCAUUAAAUGAGAUCCAAUCGCAGUUAAGGGAAAAACUGGUACAUUUGGCCGAUUCAUUUGAAGAAGCUUAUCAAAAUAAAAACUUUGAAGAUGCUCUUGCUUCAAUCCGUAGGAUGACUUACUAUAAACGUGCUAGCGAAGAAAUUGUGAAGAAGGUUUAA